AUGGCGUCCUUUAUCUCGCCACGCAGGAAGCGGGCUGGUUCCGACACCGGCGACGAUUCCUUUCGUGACGCUCCUGAAGGUCCCGAUUCUCCAAAGAGACGGCGCCUCGACCUCAACUCGAAGGAUGACGACGACAACGAUGAUGCCGCCGCUACCGCCCCUCGUGCAAAUGGCACAGCCGCACACAAUGUUACAGAAACCGAUGACAUGUCCAACUUUCAGCCAGGAGCCAUCGUGCGCGUCAAAGUCGAGAACUUUGUUACGUAUGAAAUGGCCGAGUUCUUCCCGGGCCCUCAUCUGAACAUGGUCAUCGGUCCCAACGGUACGGGAAAGAGCUCUCUGGUUUGCGCCAUUUGUCUUGGUCUUGGUUACAGCCCCAAGCACCUCGGACGAGCAGGCUCUGUCAAGGAGUUCGUCAAGAAUGGCAAAGACACGGCCACCAUCGAAAUCGAGCUCCAGAAGAGGGCACGCGAUCGAUCCAACUACAUUGUUCGAGUUCAGAUUCGCCGCGAGCAGAAUAGCCAAAAGUGGUGGUUAAAUGGAAAGGAAACGACACAGAAAGCCAUCAGGGCGUUGAUGCAGGAGCUCAAAAUUCAAGUCGACAACCUUUGCCAGUUUCUACCGCAAGACAGGGUCGUUGAAUUUGCUCAGUCCACCCCCGUCGAUCUCCUCCAUGAGACGCUACGUGCUGCGGCCCCGGAAGAGAUGCUUCUGUGGCAGAAACAGCUCCAGAAUCUGCACAAGUCCAAGAAAGAGCUGGCCGAGUCGGUUCACGCCGACGUCGAAUCCCUCAAAAACCUCGAGAGCAGGCAGCAAGGGUUGCAGGCGGACGUGGAUAGGAUCCGUGAACGUGAGGAAAUCCUAGAGCGAGUCAAGGAUUUGCAGUCAGCCUUGGUUCUGUCCAGGUAUACUGAUGCCCGAACCAAACACGCGGAGGCUCGAGAGCGGAGAAAAGAAGCGGAGAGGACCCUUCGCCGGCUCGAAAGCGAAAGUGGUCCCUCUCUGGAGGCGGUGAACCUCAAGCAAGAGUACGCCCGGCAGAUUGAUGCCGCCGUUUCCGCCAGAGAGAAGUCGUUGAGGGACGCCGAGCGGGCCGCUGCAAGCGUUGGCCGGGACGUUUCCGCUGCCGUGGAAAGCGUGAAUGAGAUCAACGACAAGCUCGAGGCUGAGCGCAAAGGGUUUGAUGUCAAGAAGAAAGAGCUUGCGACGUCGCGGACCAAGAUCACCGCGUACCAGGCUGAUCUCAAAAACAAACCUGCCGACUUCAAUGGUGCUGACUGGAACCAGAGGAUCCGCGCAGAACAGCACAAGAAGCGGGAGCUAGAGAGCGACAAACUUCAGGUCUUGAGCAAGGAUACCGAGUUGAAGGGAAAAGCGAAAAUAGUCGUUGAUGCCAUGCGCCAACUCCAGUCCGACGUCAGCGCCCUCGAUACGCAAGAAGGCCAACUGCUGAACAUGAUGAAAAAGCGAUUUCCAGAACAAGCCAGUGCUUGGGAGUGGGUGCAAGAGCACCAGGGCGAGUUUGAAAAGGAAGUCUUUGGACCGCCUUUGUUGAACUGCUCCAUAAAAGACGACCGCUACUCCGAUCAAGUUCAGUCGCUGUUGCAAAACGACGAUUUUCUGUGUUUUACCGCCCAGACCAAGGGUGACUACAAAAAGUUGACAAACCAGCUGUACCGAAUCAUGAGCUUGUCCGUCGUCAUCCGAACGUGUUCACACUCCAUCGACUCUUUCCGACCCCCCGUGGAUGCGACUGAAGCCGCCGACCUCGGUCUCGACGGAUUCGCCGUCGACUUCCUGGAUGGCCCUGCUCCCGUCCUGGCCAUGCUCUGCGCGGAGAAACGCAUUCACCAGUCGGGCGUAUCGCUCAAGGACCAUGACGAUGCUGGGUACGAACGGCUGAUCAACAACGGCAAAGUCAAUCAAUGGGCCGCUGGCAAGCAUUCGUAUCUGGUCCGACGCCGCAGGGAGUACGGCCCGCAAGCGAUGACGACGAUAAGCAAGAACAUUCAGCCAGCCAGAUUCUGGACUUCCCAACCCAUCGACGGCCAGGAGAAAGCGGAACUCAACCGCCAGUUGAUGGAGAAGAGACAUGAGAGGGAGGUACUAAAGGAAGAGCACAACGGACUCUUGAAAAAGGCUGCCGCUUUCGAUGACCAAAUAGCGGAAAUCGAGAAUAAGAUUGUAGAAUCCGAAGAGCGAGCCAAGGCAUCUCACGAGAAAUCCUUGCGUGAUGCGAAGAACAAAACCCUCGACAUACAAUACGAAUGGGACGAGGCCGUCUUGACACGAGCGAAGCUAGUUAUCCAACACAAGAAGCUGAUUGAUGGGAUACGAGAAGCACACCAGGCUCUUCUGGAAGCCAAGAUUUGGCGUAUCGAGGCACUUUCCGAUAUCCAGGGCCUCAAAGAUCGUAACGCGAGCAUCAUGCAGCGGCUUGAUGAGGAAAAGCAAAACGUCAAGGCAGCCGUUGACGAGGUCAACCGCGCACGGGAAGACGGCCGACGACUGGGCGACGAGGUCAGGGAUGUCCUCGCUCAGGACGAGAGCAAGAAGGAACUUCUCACACAACUCUCGGAUGGGAAGCCUCCGCAGGAACUGGAGCUGGAAAUUUCUGCCGAGGAAGCCAAGCUUGAGCUCAUCCAUGCCGCCAAUCCCAACGUAAUCCGCGAGUUCGAGCGUCGCGCCCAAGAGAUUUCCAAGCUCCGGAGCAAGAUGGAGGGGUUCAGCGAGAAGCUCGAGGGCCUCGAGGACCGCCUCGGCAAAUUGAUGGGCAAGUGGGAGCCCAAGCUAGACGAGUUGGUGUCCAAGAUCAACGAUGCGUUCGCCUACAACUUUGAGCAGAUCAGCUGCGCAGGCGAGGUGCGCGUCCACAAGGACGACGAUUUUGAUCUGUGGGCCCUCGACAUUAUGGUCAGGUUUCGGGAGAAUGAAACGCUCCAGCAACUUAAUGCGCAUCGCCAGUCAGGUGGCGAGCGCGCCGUGUCUACCAUCUUCUUCCUCAUGGCUCUCCAGUCCCUCGCCCAGUCGCCCUUCCGUGUCGUCGAUGAGAUCAACCAGGGCAUGGACCCCCGCAACGAGCGCAUGGUUCACGAGCGCAUGGUCGAGAUCGCCUGCCGAGAGCACACAUCACAGUACUUUCUCAUCACGCCCAAGCUCCUCACUGGCUUGCGCUACGAUCCCAAAAUGCGGGUGCUCUGUAUCGCCAGCGGAGAGCACAUGCCCCGUGAGGGGCGCAAGCUCGACUUUGGUCGUUGCUUGGCCAUCCAGAGGAGGCUGGCUGCUCCGUUACGGAGGACGGGUCUGCCGGUAGAUUCGUUGGGCUGA